UGGUGGCAGUCUUCCACACCAGUGGCAACAGUGGUGUCAGUACAUCGGACUUCGAUAUUUAUUAUGGACAAUAAUGUAGGACAAACUGAAGAAAAAUCAAAAACUGCAGCAAUACCAACAAAUUCAACGGAAGUAAUUGCCGCAACACAUAGCACUGCAACUGAAGCCAAGUCACCAACGAGCAUUUUAACGAAUUCAACGUCGUUUUGGAAGAACAGCGGCCGCGCAGUGCCCGGACGGCCAAGUCCAAAAAGCGAUAUUCUUGACAGUACAAACAGCAAGUCGAGCGCUGCGGCUGCAGUGCAGCGGGAUCGUGGCAACGGUAGCGGCAUGGUAUCCACCUUCCGUGACUAUCAACAGUCGGUGAGCGAUGCCUGGGAUACGGGCGAUGAUGAAUUUUGUAUUAUAAGCAGCACCGAAGCUGCAGCGGCCGCAGCAGUUGGGGAUGCCGCUUGCAUAUCGCGUCAAGUAUCACAAACGGUGGCGCUGAAUGUCAUCGAAACGCAUUCGCGUAGCAAUCAAAACCACGUCACACUUAAUGAGGCCACUGACACCAAUCAUAGUAAUGCGGAACACUUUGCAUCCGGAAGCAGUAUUGCGGAAGAUAUCAAGGAAGACCGCAGAUCGUCACAUGACAGCAACGAAAACAGAUCUCGCUUGAGAAACUAUCCAGGACGACCGCAGCUGCAGAAGAUCAGCUCCAAUUCGCAGGAUGGUGAAUAUGAGACGAAAAUUGAAAAGUUUCAACUGCUGCUCAAUUCACCGCAACUCGAUUUGGUGGCUCUCAAGAAGCUCAGUUGGUCGGGCGUGCCACGCAAGAUGCGUGCGGUCAGCUGGCGAUUGCUGUCGAAAUAUUUGCCACCAUCGGGUGAACGACGCAAUGCGGUGCUGGAAAGCAAACGGCAAGGGUAUCAGGAUCUGCGACACAACUAUUUUAGGGUGGAUAGUCAGGAUGAGACGCAGCAAGAUACCUAUCGACAGAUACAUAUCGAUGUGCCGCGCAUGAAUCCGCAAAUACCCCUAUUCCAACAGAAACUGGUGCAGGAAAUGUUUGAGCGUGUUCUCUUCAUUUGGGCCAUACGACAUCCCGCCUCUGGCUAUGUGCAGGGCAUCAAUGAUCUGGUAACGCCAUUCUUCAUUGUCUUUCUUCAGGAGGUGCUGUCACCCGACACCGAUCUUGAGAAAUAUAACAUGUCUCAGCUGCCAGAGGAAACACGCAAUAUCAUCGAAGCCGAUUCAUUUUGGUGCUUAUCCAAGUUUCUCGACUGCAUACAGGAUAACUAUAUAUUUGCACAGCUUGGCAUACAGGAGAAGGUUAAUCAACUCAAGGAUCUUAUACAACGCAUCGAUGUCAAUCUACAUCGUCAUCUACAAACGCAUGGCGUUGACUAUUUACAAUUCUCAUUCCGUUGGAUGAACAAUUUACUGACACGCGAACUGCCCCUGCAUUGCACAAUCCGUUUGUGGGAUACAUAUCUGGCCGAAUCAGAUGGAUUUGCGCUCUUCCAUUUGUAUGUGUGUGCGGCAUUUCUCUUGCACUGGAAGGAGCAACUGAUGCAACAGAAUGAUUUUCAGGGUCUCAUGUUGUUGCUACAAAAUCUGCCAACCCAUAAUUGGUCCGAUCGCCAAAUAAAUGUGCUGCUCGCUGAGGCGUUUCGCUUAAAAUUCACAUAUGCGGACGCUCCCAAGCAUCUAGAGACGAAGAGUUGACAAAAAAGCCAACAAAAAUGAUGCAUAUACGAUACGUAACAUAGAAAUUAGUUUACUAUUUUGCGGUAUAAACAAAAACAUACAUAUACAUUUACAUAUACAUAUAUUAUAUAUACACUUUGUUAUUAGCUCAUUUUUUCCAAGUUUUCUUAAUUUCGUGUGAUCGUUUUUUCUUUUCGUAUUAUAAACUGAAGGUUGCAAA